GCUGUGCUCUUUUCCUUCCCAGAUGGGCUUCCGGCGUCUUCCCUUCUCCACUGAUUUUAUUUUUCUGUUUCCAAAUCACAUCUGUCUGCCGGCCUUGUCGAAGCUGUGCCAGAGGCGGGAAAUCUCCUCUUGGCUGGCCCGAUGGUUCCCCAAAGACCCAGCCAAGCCCGUGGUGGCACAGAAAACACCCAUCAAGUUGGAGCUUGUUGCAGGAAAAACCUACAGGUGGUGUGUAUGUGGCCGAAGCAAGAAACAACCCUUCUGCGAUGGCUCCCACUUCUUCCAGCGCACCGGCCUUUCUCCGCUCAAGUUCAAAGCUCAAGAGACCCGCACAGUGGCCCUGUGUACCUGCAAAGCCACUCAGCGUCCUCCUUACUGCGAUGGUACCCACAAGAGUGAGCAGGUACAGAAAGCAGAAGUGGGCUCCCCACUCUGAGGGGUCCCGUGGCUCCUGGCCCGCUGCAAGCUUCCCCGCUGUGACGGCCACAGUGCUGAGGCAUGGAGGAAGGGUACAUCCAAGGACCGUGGACAAGCAACUGUCCCCUGAAAACCCUGUUAUCUCCUGUUAUACAAUCGAGAGCAGGCCUCCUGGGUCUCCUGGCAAAGCUGUCAUUAAACAGUGAGGCCACCCUCUGA